AUGCGAUUAUAUAUACUAUUAUUCUCAUUCAUUUCUUCCUCUUUAUGUCAAUUCUCAUUGCCUCCAAGAGUACAAGUUACUCCCCGUUGUGGAUCUCAACUCAUAACUAUUGAGGUCAAGUUUAAUCCUAACUAUUAUCCGGAUGGCAAGUUCACAGACUGGAUUGUCGUUGGAGUCUCAGGCAGACCAGAAUGCAGGCUACGAGGUAAUGGCGAAACACAGUAUGUCAUUGAUAUUGCAGUUUUCAAUGAUCCUUGCCUCACACAAAUGCCAGCUCCCGGUGUAUUCCAAAAUCGUAUAAGAAUAGGUGCAAAUCCAGCUGUGAUCCUACACGGCGAUCAGACUUUGACAGUCAAGUGUGUAUACGGAUUACCGGAAGUUGACACGUUACCCUUACCGGUCAUCAAUCCCAAUUUUAAUAUUGAGAGUGGAAGUAGCUCAUCUCAAUCAAAAAAUGGCUUAGUCUCAACUGAUCGAUUACCUGAAGGGGCCAUUAAGCCAAUUGUGAACCAAAACCAAAAUUGGAACUCUGUUGCUACCAUACCAGAAAAGCCGAUUUCCUCCAAUGCGAAUUUCCCUAUUCAAAAUGUAAAUAAUAAAAAUGAGGAAACAUCUCUACUCGUCACAGAUGAACAGGCAAAUCGAGAAUCCCAAAGCUCAUCUGGCUUAGGAAAUACAAUGAUUAUUGAGAAGAAUCAGAAUGGAGAAGGCAUGUCUUCCCAAAAAGAGGACGAAAGUCAAAAAAAUAACAUUCAAGAUAUAUUCGCUGGAUUAAACAUUGGUCCUAAUAAACCGAUUCAAUCCAAAGAAAUAUCUACUGAUGCCAGAAACAUCAAUGACAUUAGUGGAAGCACAAGUAGAAACUUUCUGCCAUCAGAAUCAGACAGAACUGUGACUCUAAGUUCAAAUCUUGAUGAAGUGGGAACAUCAGAAACUUCAACUUUAAACUCAUUUAAUGUUCAAAAUACUGCACUGCAAGGUCAGCAAGACAAACGACGAUCAAGCUUAUCGCUUUGGCUCAUUAUUGGCCUUAUAGGAGCCGUCUUUAUCAUACUCUUUUUGUUAUGUUGUUUAUACUUUUGUUUACGACGCUAUACUGUUCAAGAAGAAAAUCGGAAAAGACUUUUACUUGGAAUCCCACCAUCAGCUGAAAUGAACAAAAUAGGUAUAGGACAGUUCUGGUGGAACAGAGGAAACAACAAUACUCAGGGAGAAUACGCCGUGGCUGAUUCUCACAGAAAUCAAUCUUCUCCACUAUCUCCAUCUGGCUCACAAAUGACAUCGUCGACAGCACAAGCUACACGAAGUGCUUCUUCAGCUACCAAAGGAAAGAAGAACGGCAACAUUGACAAGGAUAGUUCUCAUUAUGCUACUAGUGGAUUGUACGGUAGACGUCGUUUUGAAACUGACACUCCCAGUCGCCAACCGUCAUCAAACCGAGCAGAUUAUUUGAGUACCCUUGAUAGAGGAUCCGCUCGAAACGCACUUAAUCUUAGAUCAAACUUAGAUGAAUAUAUUGCUGAGCUACCACCUCAAGAACGGGCUAAGUACUCGGGAUAUUUAGAGUAUCCAAGGUUCAGCGAAAGAGGCGUCGACAUCGGAUCAACUCCUAAAGAGGAUCCCCCAACAUCUUAUUCUGAGUGGAGACGUUGUUUAAUUGCUGGCGCUGGAAUUGACAGAGGAUCCAGCUUAAAAGUGACAUCACGAGAGCUUGAAGCUGGAGUUCCACCCAUUGAUGAUGGUUCAGGAGUGUCUUCAUAUAGGUCCAUAACUGAAAUUUAUCAAGCAGCUGAGACAGCUCAACAUGGGAUGAAAGAAAUAUCUGAAGAUGGCCAAUUAGUUGUUGAAAAUAGAGUUUCAACAGUAUCGGAUCAGUUAGCUCGGUGUGUGCUUCCAAUCAGAGGGUUCGGAGCUCGUCGCCUGACAGAACAGGAGAUGGGAAGAUGGCGAAGUUUAGUUAAUCGUGAUAGCACAUUCAAAGACUUGGUGACAUCAGCCUCAUCGGUUCACGAAAUCGAGCAGGUUGUAAGUCGCCCAGAGUAUAGACACAUUUUUACAACUGAAAAAUGGAAACAAAUAGCCCAGUGUAUUUUUGAUGCCGGCUUGUGUCAUCCAACCUCCAAACUACAAUCAUCUACAUCACAAAAUCAGUUGAAUGUUUAUGUUGGCAAUGUUGGGACAGACUGGUAG